CCCCAGAGGAAUGGGGCGGGGCAGGGCUCCCGCGCGCAGUACGCCAACGGCGCGCAGUCCAACGUCCACCGAGGCCACGCCCCCCCUCGUGUCAGCUCCUGAGUAGGCGGAAAGCGGGAGGGGGCGGGACUUGAGCGCAGCCAAUCAGCUGUGGAGGAGCGAAAAGGCGGGAAAAAGCGGAACCAAAAGAAGGCGAAGGUGGCGCCAGGGAUCAGGAGAGCAGCCAAGCCCAGGGCCAGCCUGAAGCCCCCGGACGGCAGUGCCCAGCAGGCAGCGCCCAGCACUCUGACUCCCACCUCCCAGUGGCCCCAAAAGAGAACAGCUGCCAUGCACAUCCCUGAAAGCCUCCAGGACCUGGCCAGCAGCGAAGCCGUGCAGUUUCUGAGAAGGCCCAAGACCGUCACGCGGGUCUUCGAGGGGGUCUUCUCCCUGAUUAUCUUCUCAUCCCUGCUGACCGAUGGCUACCAGAACAAGAUGGAGUCUCCGCAGCUCCAUUGCAUUCUCAACAGCAACAAUGUGGCCUGCAGCUUUGCCGUGGUAGCUGGCUUCCUGGCCUUCUUCAGCUGCCUGGCCUUCCUCGUCCUGGACACCCAGGAGACCCACAUUGCUGACACCCGCUUCAAGACAGCCUUCCAGCUCCUGGACCUCAUCCUGGCUGCACCGCAAGGAACUGCACAGCUGAGAGUCUUGGGAGACCCAGUUUCUCCUCUUCCUGCUCCUCCCAGGCCUUGUCGCCUGCAGAUGGUCAACAAGGCAAAAGCAGAAGCAGAAAGAAGGGCAGGGGCGAGACCCCACACACGCCAGAGACAGAGCGGCAAGGAGCAGCGAAAGAAAGGUUUCAUUUUCUUCUGUUUAUUUCAAGAGAACAAAGGAUCAACCAUCAGUUCUGUACAAAAACAUGGUGUGAGAGCCAUGGGACCCUCGGCCCAGCCCCCUUCCUGCACUUGAGCCCCAGGCCCCCCUAAUUUGCCAAAAAACCAUGAGAAGACCAAAAAACUCAAACUCUGGGGGAAAAAAUUACUAUGAAAAAAAAUCAGGGGAGACCUUCCUGGGCCUCCCUUUCUCCCUAUCCCCAACCUAGAAAUUUAGGGGGGGUUGCAGUUCAUGGCCAUGGCAGGAGGUGGGGCAGAUGGGUGUCGGCAGAUUUAGUGUUUGGCAACCAGUGGGGCUGGGGGUGGGAUCUGGGAGGGAGCCGAGGGGCCUGGGGAAGGGAAAAGAUCUUGGACCCUGCCCCGGCCCCCAGGACACUCAAAAACACUUUAUAAAAAUUGGGGCCACAGAGUAGAAGAAAAACGAGUCAUCAGAAUCAAAAACUAAAGAGUGGAAAGAUUUUUUUUUUUCUUCUCUAAAAGGCAAAAAACUACAAACAGCCCAAGUCCUGAGCUCCCCAAGACCUGGAUCCUCCACUGUCCCCCUGAAACCCGGCAGGAGGCGGGAUGGGGAGCGCGAGAGGUGGGCUCUUAAAAAAGUCACCCCUGGAUGGGAAAGUUCUUCAUCUUCUGCCGCCUUCCUCUGCCUCCCGCCGCUGCCGAGGAGAGAGAUGGAGAGGACCGGGGCUAUGCCGGCAAACUCAACUUCUUCCCCUUUAGGACUGUG